UCUCAUGAUAUUCUCAUCUUCAUCUCUACGGGUCUUUCUCGGAUUAACAUUAACAUACAUAUAAAUAAUUUCUAGGGCUUAUUAUUAUUUUAUAUAAAACAAAAUAAAAAUCCCCAAUCUCACUCCUUGAGCUCAAGCCAUGGCUGUUGACUCUCUCGACCACCUCGACGACACCAAGGACAAGCCUCCCUCCGCCGGAGAAUCGCCGUCGCCUCCUCCGCCGCCGCGAAGACGCGAGAGAGAUUCUAGAGAGAGGAGAGAUAACAUUGAUAAUAACCCCGAUCGACCGCCGCGGAGAGACUAUUAUGAUCGCAAUUUGCCUCGGGAACGGGAAUUUAAUAAGAGGAGAGCCAGUUUGUCGCCGCCGCCGCCGGUCUUUCACCGUGACCGGAGGAAUUACUCGCCUCCGAGAAGGUCGCCGCCGAUGCAGAGUUAUAAGAGGCCGAGGAGAGAUGAUCCUGGCUACGAUGGACGACGUGGUAGUCCGCCUGGGCGAGGUGGUUAUGGUGCUGGUGAUCGAAGGUUUGGAUAUAAUCAUCCAAAUGGGCAUGACCGUGAAAUAGCUGGCAGAACUGGUUAUCCUGAUGAAAGGCCUCAUGGUCGGUAUGCUGGACGUCCAUCUGGUGGCUAUGAAAGUGGUCCAUCUGGCUGGGGUCCAGCCCGUGGCGGUUUGACAGAUGCUGUAAACAUGAGCAGAAGUCAAAGGGAAGGAUUAAUGUCUUAUAAACAGUUCAUUCAGGAGCUUGAAGAUGAUAUCUUGCCAUCUGAAGCUGAGCGUAGAUAUCAAGAAUACAAGUCGGAAUAUAUAACAACACAGAAGCGUGCUUAUUUUAAUGCUCAUAAGGAGGAAGAGUGGUUGAAGGACAAAUAUCACCCUACAAAUUUGCUUGCUGUCAUAGACAGGAGGAACGAGCAUGCACGGAAGAUAGCAAAAGAUUUUUUGCUGGAACUGCAAAGUGGAACCGUUGAUCUAGGUCCUGGUAUCAAUGCCUCGUCUGCAGGCAAAGCAGGUCAAGCUGAUGCCACCUCUGAAAACGAAUUGGACGUCGGUGGCAAAACAAAAAGACAUGCAAAGGGUUCUGCUAAAGAAAAUGAUAUUCCCAAAGCUCAUCCUGUUAGUUCAGAACCUAGGCGAGUGAUUGUUGAUAUUGAACAAGCUCAAGCACUUGUGCGGAAACUUGAUUUGGAAAAAGGGAUUGAGGAUAAUAUUUUAUGUAGGACUGACAGUGAGAGGACUAGUAGGGAGAAGUCUCAUGGGGGUUCCUCUGGCCCAGUUAUUAUAGUACGGGGUUCAACUUCAGUUAAAGGGCUUGAGGGGACUGAAUUACUGGACACUUUAAUGACCUAUCUCUGGCGUAUUCAUGGAUUAGAUUACUAUGGCUUGAUUGAAACUAGUGAAGCUAAAGCUUUUCGUCAUGUUAGGGUGGAUGGGAAAAAUUCUGAUAUAACAAGUAAUGGAGUUGAGUGGGAAAAGAAAUUAGAUUCAUUCUGGCAAGAGAGGUUGAAUGGUCAGGAUCCCUUGGAAAUGAUGACUGCGAAGGAAAAGAUUGAUGCAGCUGCUGGUGAAUCAAUAGAUCCUUAUGUCCGUAAAAUUAGGGAUGAGAAGUACGGGUGGAAGUAUGGCUGCGGAGCAAAGGGAUGCACAAAGCUUUUCCAUGCAGCUGAGUUUGUACAUAAGCAUCUAAAGUUGAAACACCCAGAACUUCUUCUGGAAGUAACUUCGAAAGUGCGGGAAGAUCUGUAUUUUCAAAAUUAUAUGGAUGAUGAAAAUGCGCCUGGUGGGACCCCUGUAAUGCAGCCAACUAUACUGGAGAAACCCCAGAAGCGUCGGCCAGGCCCAGACAAUAAUAUGAAAGAUGAUCGGGGCCGAAGAGAACGUGACAAUCGUAAUAAUGGUGGUGAAAGAUAUGAUAGGGCUGAUAAUCCACAAUCAAUGGAUUUCCAGUCCAACAAUGAUGGUCAAGAUGGUAGCAAUCUUGAUGAAUCAAUGUUUGACGGCUUCAAUGGCCAAGGGAUGCAUUUCCCAUCAGAUAUGGCCCCCCCUCCAGUUUUGAUGCCUGUUCCUGGUGCUGGUCCUUUGGGGCCAUUUGUUCCUGCUCCCCCUGAAAUUGCAAUGCAGAUGUUGAGAGAACAAGGCGGGCCUUCUCCUUUUGAAAGUGGCGGUAGAAAUGGGAGAUCUGGCUCUCAUUUGGGUGGACCAGCACCUAUAAUCGCUCUACCUCCACAAUUUCGACAGGACCCUCGGCGUUUAAGAAGCUAUGAUGACCUUGAUGCACCAGAAGAUGAAGUCACUGUGAUAGACUAUCGGAGUUUGUAGCUGUGGAAUAAGGGUUUGAAGCCUUAUUGUAUGAUUUAUGAAAAAAGAAUCCUGGUCUGAGAUGAUAUUGGACUUCAGAAUUGAGCUCGUAUGCCCCCCACGGCUUCCGUUAUAUACAGAUGAUAUCUUUUCUCUGUGCUGUUUGGUGCUUCCGUUAUGAUGUUAUAAGCAUCGAAACAUAACGUUGGGUGAUUGAAAUUUCUUAGAGAUCUCUCUAGGUUGAGAGAAAUGCAAUGACAACGUGCAUUGCGACCUUUUAUGAUUAUGGGUGUAAAAUUGAUAACUCUGACAUUAACUUAUCUGAGAAUUGUUUGCUCAAUUUUGUAACAUGUUUUAGACCAAUUGCAUUAGAGAGCCAGGUUUACAUUGUCAUUAUUUUGUAUUCAGGACAGCUUCAGCAGUGUACUGCUAUAUUAUUUUUGUUUUAAUAGAUUUUUCAAAAUAUAGCCAUAUUUGAGAUGGAAAA